ACACUUGAAGUGUAGCGAGCUAAGAAAUUAUCCACCUGGCCCCAUAAAAUAGGUCCAACAGUUAUGUAGGUGGGUGGGUCAACAUAUGUAGGCGGGUCAACAUUCCACGAAUACACGCCUAUAACACCAUCUCCGCUGACGUUUUGGCCCCGCCUUCUUAUGAAUUCCUCAGAACAGAUAAAAAGGGCUGCUGUUUUCUACACGAGUCAGUUCAAGUCGAGAGGGAACCACCGACUGAACUCCAGCAAGAACAUCCAGGCAAGUUCAAGAGCAACAGACGCCAGAAAUCUGCAAACGUCACCAGGUGAAAGAUGGCCACCAGGCUCCUGCUGACCUUUGGGGUGGUGUUCCUAGUCGGGCGCACGGUGUCGACGGAAGUAGUUUCAGAUGACAAUGUCGCCCUGGGGAAGCCAGCGUUCCAAACCAGCACCUGGGGCCCCGGGGAGCCCAGCCGGGCCGUAGACGGGAGAACCUCUUCCCGUAUGGACGCUGGUUCCUGCACACACACUGCAGGGCACCCGGGAGAGGAUAAUCCCACCUGGUGGGUGGAUCUCGGACAGUCGUAUGCGGUUGACAGUGUGGUCAUCUUUAACCGCAUGGACAGUUGGUCCGAACGGCUCAACCCCUUCAACAUCCUCAUCGGGGACUCCGACCAGGUCAGCACGAACCCCCAGUGUGGAGGUGACCAUCAGAUCGACUUGGCCAAACCGUUUAUUUCCGUCUCCUGUCAGGGAAUGCGGGGACGCUUUGUAGCCGUCCGUCUUCCUGGACCAUCAAGAAUACUGACCCUGUGCGAAGUCCGAGUAUUUGCUGGUUCUGCCUCUACUAGCGGAAAAUUGGUAGUCAGAGUGUCGGUCGGCGUAAAGAAAAGUAAUGUGGGCCAGCCAGGGGGACAUGGAGAGGCCGAGGACGAAUUCACGGAGAUAUACGGCCCAGGAGACAAGCACAAACAGGCGUUCUACCAGCGUCUCAACCAGCAGAGAGAGACGGGACACUUGUGCGAUGUCGCAGUGGUGGUGGAAGGACAAAGAUUCUCUGCUCACAGGUAG